AUGAAGGUGUCUUCCUUCAUCUCGCAGUUAAGGCCAGGGUGGUUUCAUCUCACUGUGCAUGCGAAGCCAGGCGCAAGGAGUUCAUCGUUGGCGUGUCACCCUGCCGUGACGGAUGCAGCGAUUGAGGUCCGCGUUGGUGCCCCACCUGUAGAGGGAAAGGCAAACGCUGAACUCGUUGAAUUCAUGCAGAUGCUUCUUGAGCAAGAACUGGCCCGAGUUCGUGCGGCGCAACAACACACACCGCUGGAAAGCAACGGCGCCGUCAUGAAUUGUGUAUAUGGCGGCCAUUCAAAGAAGGACAAGAGGAAAAACAAGCCAAACACAAAGAUGGAAUGCCCCGUGAAUUAUCCGGAAAAAGUGCGAGUGUCACUUGUGAGUGGAGCGAGCGCUCGGCAUAAGACGCUAGAAGUGGCAUUCCCAGGGACGCAGGAGGAACUCAUCAGCGUUUUACAGUCCGCAUAUGUGUCGUAG